GCGGCCGCCGCGGGCUGCCGGCGGGCCAUGGAGGCGGACGGGGCCGGCGAGCAGAUGAGACCGCUACUCACCCGGGGUCCAGAUGAAGAAGCUGUUGUGGAUCUUGGCAAAACAAGCUCAACUGUGAACACCAAGUUUGAAAAAGAAGAACUAGAAAGUCAUCGAGCUGUGUAUGUUGGUGUCCAUGUCCCAUUUAGUAAAGAGAGUCGUCGACGGCAUCGGCAUCGUGGACACAAACAUCAUCACCGGAAAAGAAAAGAUAAAGAAUCAGAUAAAGAAGAUGGACGGGAAUCUCCUUCUUAUGACACACCAUCCCAGAGAGUUCAGUUUAUCCUUGGUACUGAAGAUGAUGAUGAAGAACAUAUUCCCCACGAUCUCUUCACGGAAAUGGAUGAAUUGUGUUAUAGAGAUGGAGAAGAGUAUGAGUGGAAAGAAACUGCCAGAUGGCUGAAGUUUGAAGAGGAUGUUGAAGAUGGCGGUGACCGGUGGAGUAAACCUUAUGUGGCGACUCUCUCCUUGCACAGUCUUUUUGAACUAAGAAGUUGCAUCCUCAAUGGAACAGUCAUGCUGGACAUGAGAGCGAGCACUCUAGACGAAAUAGCAGAUAUGGUGCUGGACAACAUGAUAGCUUCUGGCCAGCUGGAUGAGUCCAUAAGAGAGAAUGUCAGAGAAGCUCUUCUGAAGAGACAUCAUCAUCAGAACGAGAAAAGAUUCACCAGUCGGAUUCCCCUGGUUCGAUCUUUUGCAGAUAUAGGCAAGAAACAUUCUGACCCUCACUUGCUUGAAAGGAAUGGGGAUGGCCUUUCAGCCUCCCGUCACUCUUUGCAAACAGGUCUGUCUGCCUCAAACCUUUCAUUGAGAGGAGAAUCGCCUUUAUCUCUUCUUCUCAGUCAUCUUCUUCCUUCUUCAAGAGCUGGAACCUCUGCAGGCUCAAGGUGUACAACCCCAGUUCCCACCCCUCAAAACAGCCCUCCUUCCAGUGCUAGCACCAGCCGCCUGGCCUCCAGAACUUCCCAGCAGAGUCAGCCUCAGGCCCCAGAACUACUGGUUUCACCUGCCAGUGAUGAUAUUCCCACAGUAGUAAUCCAUCCACCUGAGGAAGACUUAGAAGCGUUGAAAGGCCAGGAACAGAAGAUUGAGGAAAAUGUUGACCUAACUCCAGGUAUUUUAGCCUCUCCGCAGUCUGCACCUGGAAACUUGGACAAUAAUAAAGGUGGAGAAGUUAAAGGUAAUGGAAGUGGAGGAAGCAGAGAAAACAGUACUGUUGACUUCAGCAAGGUUGACAUGAAUUUCAUGAGAAAAAUUCCUUCGGGAGCCGAGGCAUCCAAUGUUCUGGUGGGAGAAGUAGACUUUCUGGAAAGACCUAUAAUUGCAUUUGUGAGACUGGCCCCGGCUGUGCUCCUCUCAGGAUUGACUGAGGUCCCUGUUCCGACAAGGUUUUUGUUUCUACUGUUGGGUCCAGCAGGCAAGGCACCACAAUACCAUGAAAUUGGAAGAUCAAUAGCCACUCUCAUGACUGAUGAGAUUUUUCAUGAUGUAGCUUAUAAAGCAAAGGACAGAAAUGAUCUCUUAUCUGGAAUUGAUGAGUUUUUAGAUCAAGUAACUGUCCUACCUCCAGGAGAGUGGGAUCCUUCUAUACGUAUAGAACCACCAAAAAGUGUUCCUUCUCAGGAAAAGAGAAAGAUUCCUGUAUUUCCCAAUGGAUCUGCCCCCAGCUCGGGCGAGAUUCCUAAAGAGGCUGCUCAUCAUGCUGGGCCUGAGUUACAAAGGACUGGACGGCUUUUUGGUGGUUUGAUACUUGACAUCAAAAGGAAAACACCUUUUUUCUUGAGUGACUUCAAGGAUGCAUUAAGUCUGCAGUGCCUGGCCUCGAUUCUUUUCCUAUACUGUGCCUGUAUGUCUCCUGUAAUCACUUUUGGAGGGCUGCUUGGAGAAGCUACAGAAGGCAGAAUAAGUGCAAUAGAGUCUCUUUUUGGAGCAUCAUUAACUGGGAUUGCCUAUUCAUUGUUUGCUGGGCAACCUCUAACAAUAUUGGGGAGCACAGGUCCAGUUUUAGUGUUUGAAAAAAUUUUAUUUAAAUUCUGCAGAGAUUAUCAGCUUUCCUAUCUGUCUUUAAGAACCAGUAUUGGUCUGUGGACUUCUUUCUUGUGCAUUGUUUUGGUUGCAACAGAUGCAAGCAGCCUUGUGUGUUAUAUUACUCGAUUUACAGAAGAAGCAUUUGCAGCUCUCAUUUGCAUAAUAUUCAUCUAUGAGGCUUUGGAGAAGCUCUUUCAUUUAGGAGAAGUGUAUUCAUUUAAUAUGCACAACAAUUUAGAUGAACUGACCAGCUAUUCGUGUGUAUGUACUGAACCUCUUAACCCUAACAAUGCAACUCUGAAGCUGUGGGAGGAAAAGAAUAUAACAGCAAGUGAUAUUUCCUGGGAGAAUCUCACUGUUUCGGAAUGUAAAGCCUUUCGUGGGGCAUUUGUAGGAUCAGCUUGUGGUCAUCAUGGACCUUAUAUCCCAGAUGUGCUGUUUUGGAGUGUCAUCUUAUUUUUCACAACAUUUUUUCUGUCUUCAUUCCUCAAGCAAUUUAAGACCAAGCGCUAUUUUCCAACCAAGGUGCGAUCGACAAUCAGUGACUUUGCUAUAUUUCUCACAAUAGUAAUAAUGGUUGUAAUUGACUACUUUGUAGGAGUUCCAUCUCCUAAACUUCAUGUUCCUGAAAAAUUCCAGCCUACUGAUCCAAAUAGGGGCUGGUUCAUAAGCCCGCUGGGAGAAAAUCCUUGGUGGACUUUGUUGAUAGCUGCUAUUCCAGCUCUGCUUUGUACCAUUCUCAUCUUUAUGGAUCAACAAAUUACAGCUGUAAUCAUAAACAGAAAGGAGCACAAAUUGAAGAAAGGAGCUGGCUAUCACCUUGAUUUGCUCAUGGUUGGUGUUAUGUUGGGAGUUUGCUCUAUCAUGGGACUUCCAUGGUUUGUGGCUGCAACAGUGUUGUCAAUAAGUCAUGUCAACAGCCUGAAAGUUGAAUCGGAAUGUUCUGCUCCAGGGGAACAACCCAAGUUUUUAGGAAUUCGUGAACAACGGGUUACAGGGCUACUGAUUUUUAUUCUGAUGGGCCUGUCUGUAUUCAUGACUUCAGUGCUAAAGCUUAUUCCAAUGCCUGUUCUGUAUGGUGUUUUCCUUUACAUGGGAGUUUCCUCAUUAAAAGGAAUUCAGCUUUUUGAUAGGAUAAAAUUAUUUGGAAUGCCUGCUAAGCAUCAACCUGACUUGAUAUACCUUCGUUAUGUGCCUCUCUGGAAAGUCCACAUUUUUACAGUCAUUCAGCUCACUUGCCUGAUUCUUCUGUGGGUGAUAAAAGCAUCAGCUGCUGCAGUAGUUUUUCCCAUGAUGGUUCUUGCUUUAGUCUUUAUACGCAAACUCAUGGACCUAUGCUUCACAAAGAGAGAACUGAGUUGGCUGGAUGAUCUCAUGCCAGAAAGUAAGAAAAAGAAAGAAGAUGACAAAAAGAAAAAAGAAGAAGAGGAAGCUGAACGAAUGCUUCAAGGUGAUGACGACACUGUGCAUCUUCCAUUUGAAAGGGGAAGUCUCCUGCAAAUUCCAGUUAAGGCCCUAAAAUAUAGUGUUGAUCCCUCAGUUGUUAACAUAUCAGAUGAAAUGGCCAAAACUGCACAGUGGAAGGCACUUUCCAUGAAUACUGAGAAUGCCAAAGUAACCAGAUCUAACACGAGCCCUGAAAAACCUGAGAGUGUGAAAAUAGAUCUUGAAGAUGAGCCAACAAAGAAAUACAUGGAUGCUGAAACUUCGUUAUAGAAUUGAACCAAGAAGAACUUUAUAUAUAUAUAUAUAUAUAUAUAUAUACACAAACAUACGCACACACACAGAUGCACAGAUAUUUAUACACACACAUACACAUAUAUAUGAUGUGUGUAUUUCAUGUCACUGUAUACAACAAUAUUGUAUGUCAUGCUGUUUAUGCGUGACUACUGGGAUUUUUGAAGUAGUGUCUGAAGUUUGUUAGGAGCACUGUGGAGACUGUGUAUAUAAUGAAGAGGUCUCUUAGAAGUGUGAGGUACAUGGUUCUUACUAUUCAAAUAUUUAUUCUGUUGGAAAAUUUUUUCCUGCAAUAGAAAGAUGUAGGGAAAUGCAUUCAAUCUAUUUUUCUUUAAAUUUAUUUGUUCAUCAUUGGCAAUUCUUACCAACCUUAAAUGAUAUGUACUUUGUGCAUCUAUUAAUAAUUUUUACUUGAGCUACUACAUUUUUUCACUUAUUAUUCCAUUUCUGUUAGUGCUUUUUGGGAAGAGCAGGAGGUCUUUAUGCCCAGUGCUGUGGGACAAAUGGUGACAUGCCAUGGCUUCUCUGUGUUUCAUUUAUGUAACAGUCCAUCAUGUUUCACAGGUGAUGGAAUUUUUUUAGCUAUAGAGGUAGAACAAUGGAAACUUUCUAGAUAAGAGCAAGAGUGUUUCACUUUGUUUUUAACUGAAAAAUAAAUCUUAGAACCUCUACAUCUAGGGUUCCAUUCUGAUGGGCAAGUAAAACUACAGGUGAUUUAAUAAUUUAGCCCCCAUACUAGAUAUAACUAUGAAUUUUAGAAGCUAUAAAAUGCCAAUUUAUAAUAAAUUUUGUUGCCUUUGUAGAAUUAUUUUCUGAUCCUAGUACUUCAUUAGAACCCAGAAUGCCCACUCUGUUCUUUGCCUUAGCUGUCUUUCAGUUAAAAUGUGGUUUAGUAUAUAUCAGGUUCAAGUUCUUGAGUAUUUUUCUAAGUAGUAUGAUUAAAUAAUCAGGAGUCAGAAUUCUCUUAAAUGGGUUUAUGAUCAGUAUUACUUUAUCCUAUUAAGAAUUACCUUUCAUUUUCUGUUUACAUUGUUUUCUUUCUAUUGUAUAGGUAGUAUUUAAUAGAUGUUGGUGAUUUCAUUUUAAAAUAUUUUAUUUAUUUUAAUUGAUAUGCUUAAUUAUUAUAUAAACAUUUGAAAAGGUAACAAAUACAGAGUAAAUUGUUAAUGUAAAUAGUUGGUGCUCACUUGCAUUUAUUUUUUAUUAUCUGAAUGCAGUUGAAAGAUUUUACAUCUUUGAUAUAAAGCACUGCCAUAUUUGUACUUUAAAAGGAAUUUAGACAUUUUAUGUAUAACUCAGAUUGAUGGUGUUCUUCCUAUCUAGUGUUAGUAUUUGUUAUUUAGUUUUUGAGUUUUGAGCUUUUUAACUUCCAGCAAAUUUUUUUAGUCAUCUUUUAUAUACUCUUAGCUCCAUAUGAAAUAAAUAAAUGUUGUUCUUGUUAAGCCUGUAGGACUGGAUGAAUGGAGUUGUGAAAAUGAUUUGGCAAGGAGAUAGUUUAUAAAAAACCAAAUAAGUAUUGAGAAGCCACAGAAAUAUCAAAAAUGGUGAUGUGAAUAUUAGGAUGAAAAUUUUUAUGAGAUUUCAGUGCUCUCUUUAAUCAUUUGUAAUUGAAGUACAUAAAUAUGAAGAAUUGAUCUACUAGAGGAUCAUGAGGAAUGCCAAAAGCUGAUAUUUUAGUAAUUUUAAAGUGUUUUUAAUGCAUUCUAACUACUUAAAUAACUAAUGUAAUUUCCCCAUCUGAGACCAUAUUGUCAGAUUCUAGUUAAAAUAAUGGAUCCAGCUUCUGCCUGAGAUGAGAGGUUGGAAAUAUAGCUACUUUUUUUUUUUUUUAAACAAAAUAUAGCUGGCAUAAUUUGGUACUGCCUGAAAGAGUUUUUGACUCUUGGCAACUGAUAAUAGAGUAUUGCCCGCGGUGCUUGUUACUGUUUAUGAGCUUCCAUUGAAGUGAUUCCUUUUUAUUCAUAGCAGCAGCAGCAUUUCCAAAGACCCCAGUAUUUGCUGCUAUUUUGUGAAAUCCCAUGGUGGACCUGAACAGGAGGACUUCCUCACAUAAUUUCCUUGUGUCUGGACAUCAUAGGGUUAACAAAUGUACUUAUUUUACAGCAAGUGAUUUUAAAAUUUAAACUGAAAACUACCUGGGAUCAUAGUGUUUCUGUGAUUUUAUUUAACUGUGUAUAGUAAUUGUCUGGUGCCAGAAAAACCAUAACUUGCAAAAUACUUUGCACUCAAAAGAUGUUUUUACUCUGUUUCUGAUUGUUAAUGGUUUCUGUUUUAUUUUGACUACUUGACUUACAAAAUGAUCUGAUAUGACUACUCCAUUGAAAAGCAAAGGUAACUCCUGUUUAAGUAAUUAACUGCUUGUUUUAUGUGGUAAUGAUAUUUUUCCACUAUUUGAAAAAUAACAAUCAUGGAUAGCAUUCAAUUGCAAGACAGUGAAAAAUACAACUUACUACAUAUUGAUUUUUAACUGUUGCCUUAAUAUAGGUGUAAAUGAGCAGUAGUAAUUGCUAUGUACUGAUUUACCUCAAGGUGCAAAAUAAUUCAAACUGUACAUAUUCUAUUUGCAAAAUAAAUUCAUAUAAACAGCCCUGCACUUUCUUAGAUGCCUUGGUUUCCAGAAUGGAGCUUAGUGCUACUGAAUACCCUGGCCACAGAGCCACCUCAGGAUAUUCUUGUCUCCACCUAUUUUAUUUAUUUAUAGAUGCUGUUUACAAAGACUAUAAUGGAUCCUGAUGUUGACCAUCUAAAAUUUACUUUCUUUUGAAUGCUGUUUCACUCUAAAAUAGCAGCUUUUGAGAAAACAAUGAACUAACUUCCUUAUGAUAAAAGUAUGAUUCUGUAUAUUCUAGAAUCAUUAGACAUGCUGAAAUGAAACACAGUCUUUUAAUGCGUGUGUGUGUGUUUGUGUGGAUGAUGUUAUCAAUCUUAAAUCUCUUAAGUUUAAUAAAAAGCUGUGGCAUACCAAUGUUCAUAUUUGCCAAGUUUUCUGUAAAAUGUGUAGGAGAAAAGUUUUUAUGUGCUAAUAUAUGUAUUUAUAAAGCAGAUUUCUUUACCACUCAAAAUUAUUAACUUUGGUUUUUGACAUCAAAAAAAACAUUUCUGUUUAUUCCACAUGCUUAAAAGUUUAUGUAUGUAUAUAAUAACUUUCUAAUUUUUUCCUUUCACUGAGUCAGGUUCAAAAUUCUGUUAAAAAAAAGUUUCUGAAACUGAGGUCUCACACCUGAAUUUGCUGUUUUGAAAGUUAAUAUCAUGUAUGUCAGUUCUGUAAAUGUGCGCAACAGUCUAACAUGUGAAUUCAGUUUUAAUGUUCUCAGAUUUCAGAUGUGUAAGCCAUUUAACAUACAUUGUAAUUCAAAAGUGUUUAAAUUAAAUGACUUUAAUGUUUUAAAUAUAUUUAUGUAGAUCACGUCAUUGUUAUAUGCAGUACAAAUAUGUGAAAUGUCUUUUGGUUUAGACCAGCAAUUAUUUAUUUUUCAGAACAUAAAUUUAAAGAUUUUAAGGAUAGUCAAAGUUUAUAAUAGUGUUCAAAAUUCAAAAUUUGACAAUUUUAAUAUAAAGUUGGUUCUUUUCUAGCUUUUCAAAAAGUAAUAUAAGCAAUGACAGGAGAACAUAGUUGGAAAUAGAAUCAUCUAAAGAUCAUUUUUUAAAAUUUAAUUGAUUUACCACAUACUGACUUUCACAGUUGGCUAAGAGGAAUUGUUAAACCCUGGUUUUUCAGUCAGAAUUCUUGUGCAUUGAUUGAUUUUUUUUUUUUUUUUUUUUGGUGUGUGUUGUGGCUUUUCUUUUAUUGCUUUAUAUAAAUUUUUUUCUUUUGUAGGGAAGGUUUAUCUUCCAGUGUUUACUACAUUUAAAUAAAUAGAAAUUGAUUUUCAUUGUUCAUUUAUAUAAUAUUUGAUAGCUUGUUAUAAUUUCAGAGCACAAUUCUAAUUUUUAUGACUUUUAUAAUUACAAUGACAAUAUGUUCUUUUGUAAUAAAAUCCAAAGUAAAUUAAACAUUUAAAAUGUAGAACUAAUAUUUUUCAUUUAUAUGAAGUACUAGUCUCUACCAAGUCUAUAAUGUGAAUGAUCCUGCCUUUCAAAUUUGUUUCAUAAUUGUUAAAGAAAACUAUUUUUUGGAGAUGUUAUUGAAGUUGAACAAGCAAUAAAAGUCUACUUAAUUAGUUGUUGGACACUGUCUUUAUACUUUAUUA